AUAUACGAGGCACUUCGGGCCACGCGACAGCUACCCCGGCCGGGGAUGAGGAGGGUAACGGCGGCCCUGGUCAAGCAUGUGCUAGCGGACGGCGCCCUACCCAACACCUUCUUGUACGAGACGAUACUCAUCCAGCAUGCCCUGACCGAUGGCUCUGCGGAUGUGGUCAGGAAGCUGCUCAAGGAGAUGCGGGAGAAGCAGGUCCCAUGGUCGUCGACGGCGUACCACAGUGCCAUCCGCGCCUUGGCGAUCCACCCUGACUACCUGCUUCGAAACGACGUGAUACGAGAGAUGAAAGAACGAUGGAUAGAGAUACUGCCCAAGGGCCACCGGUACAUUGCACUGGGCUUGCUUCGAGAUGAGCAGUACGAGCUUGCCCUGGAAAAGUUACAAGAGAUGAUUCGCAACGGAAUAGUGGUAGAUCCGUGGGUAUACCACAUCUUCAUCUACGUCUUUGCCAAGCUCGGGUUCACCGACGAUGCUUUGCGGAUCGUGCGCUACAGGCUCGACAAAGCAAAGAACGUGCCCGUCAACGUCUGGUACUUUUUGCUCGACGUUUGCAGCAAGCACCAGAAUCACGAGGCGACUACCUACAUCUGGAACCGUGCCGUCCAGGCGGGCGUGGUCAACCCGUCGGACGGCAUCGCCCUCAAUGUCCUGAACAUGGCUGCAGCGUACGGCGACACAGAGCUUGCCACGAGGGUCAUCCAGUAUCUGGCCUCGCGAGGGACGAGGCUGAGCCGACCGCACUACGAGGCCUUGGCUGAUGCAUACAACGUGCAGGGAAACAUGGAGAGGGCGAUCGAGACAUACUGCAUCAUGGAUGGCGCCGGCGCAGAGGUCAACCAGUCCUCGACCGGCUCGUUACGCCAGGCACUCCGACGCAACCCGGCCCUGAUCGACCAGGCCGUGCAGGCCAUGGCGGACCUGAAGCUGCGAUACAAGGUGCCCAUCGGGAUCUUCAACGCGGUGCUGAACGAGAUGGCCCGGUCAGACGCGGACCACCCCGAAGAAGCAUUUGGGAAGGCGCUCGAUCUCUAUCGGCGCAUACGGGAAUUCGUCCCCUCGGAUCCCAACGUGGAAACGUUCCGGAACCUGCUCUGGAAGUGCACGAACCCGGACAUUGCCCAAUUUCUCGUGGGCGAGAUGGUCCACUUCAAGGUCCGC